CCCUAACACCUAAUUAACCCUCAAACUAACCUUUGAGACUUGAUUAAACCCCAACCCUAACAAUUACCCAAAACUUAAUCAGAUCAGAAUACCCAUAUCCCUAAAUUAGAAACAGCAAGCCAUCGUUUCUUCUCCUUCUUUCAAGGGUGUUUGAGUAGGAGGGGCAGAACCGCAUUGAGCUUCCUCGCUAUGGCGCCGGAUAGUGACAACGAGGGCGAUGACAGAAACGGCGCCGUCUCAUUUCCGCCACGGGCACGGCAGCGCUUCACAACUUCCACCGAAACCCUAACACCACCUUCCUCUUCCAACCCUCCCGCCGGCGAUUCACUUCACGCGCCACCGCUUCCGUUCGACCUCGUGGUGGAAAUCCUCUGCAGACUCCCGGUGAAUUCCCUCUUGCGACUGCGCUGCGUAUGCAAAUCAUGGAAUUCUCUAAUCUCCGAUCCCAAAUUUGCCAAAAAACAUUCACCCGCCACCACCUCAUGACAAGCGACAUGGACGACUCACGCAAGUACCGUCUCAAGGCUUACCCGCUCCUCUCCGUUUCCGACGCCGUGCCCGCCACCGCAACUCAGCUUGAGUACCCUCUGAUAUAUGAAAGAGAUCAAAUCCUUGGCUCUUGCAACGGCAUCGUCUGUGUUGCCAACCGUCAAGGAGGUUUUGCUGUUUUCUGGAACCCUUCCACUCGGAGAUUCAAAAAGUCCCCACCAUUGGAAAAUCCACGGAUACCUGGUAGUUACGCAGCAUAUGGUUUCGGUUAUGAUCAUUUUGCUGACAGUUACAAUGUAGUUGCAGUUUUCUGGUAUGAAUACAAAAUGCGAGUGAAGGUUCAUACUUUGGGUACAAAUUGUUGGAGGAUGAUUCAAGACUUCCCUUCUUUUUGUGUCCCUCAAUCAGCAGUAUUUGUGAGUGGCAAGCUUAAUUGGUUGGCACUGGCAUCCGAAUCUGUUGCGAAUUUGCAGCGGGUACGUUGGGUUAUUAUUUCUCAGGAUUUGGGGAAGGAGUGUUAUCAAGAACUUUUGCUGCCUGGUGAUUAUGAAGAUGAUGGUGGGAAACAGGCUACGAAUUUGCAGGUGUUGAAGGAUUGCUUGUGCGUGUACAUCCUUUCUCCCCGUCGCAGGAUUUGUGAUAUUUGGCUUAUGAUGGAGUAUGGAAGGAAAGAGUCUUGGACUAAAUUAUUCACUGUUCCUGACCCGAAUAUAUGUUUCUCAGGCACCAAAAUACUUCAUAUUUCCAAGGAAGAUGAAGGGCUGGUGGUUAAAGAACAUGGAAUCUUAUAUCUUUACAAUUUUAGAGACAACACUUUUAAAAUUCUCCCAAUUCGAAACAUCGAAGAUUGGACGGUCCCGGUGGUCUAUGUAGAAAGUUUGAUAUCACCUUGUUUUUGAUAUUAGGAUGUAGAUGCUAUGUUUGAAGAAUCCUUCACUCAAUUAACUAACUAGACCUUACAUGUUUUCAUCUUAUGUUCGUUCUAAUUACUUUUUGAUCAUUGUUAAUUGAAAGUUGACAGAAUCUGCAACAUGAGAAACUGAUAUGUUAAUUUCAGUUAGAGUUUGUUGUUUAUUUCGUCAUGUAUUCUGUUUUA